AUGAUUUGGACCCUGUUUCUCCCCUUUCUCCUUUCAUCCGUACUCGGCAACAAAACCGAGGAGCGAGUGCCGUUCUUCCACGGACACGUAUUUGAAAACUGUGCGCCCGCAUCCAGAGUGAGCGGACUGAGCAUCCCGCUGAAGCGACUCGACUUGCACAAAUUGUGCGGCGCCGCGGAGCCCGGCGCGGUGGCGGUGGCGGCGGCGGCGCACUUCCAGCUCCGGGGCGACGGGAGCGAGAAUUUCCGCGUUUUUGUGCACCACAAACGCGGUCACGUCUUGCUGAGAACCGCCGGGGUUCUCGACCGGGAGGAGCGGGCCGAGUACACGCUGGGUGUCGCGCUGUGCUGUGUCCCGGAGGAGGUCUCUCCGGGGUUCAUCGAAGUGGCGUCCGUGAGGGUGGACGUGCUGGACACCAACGACCACCAGCCCACUUUCGCCGACGCGGAUGUGAGGCUGAGUUUGGACGAUGCCACCGCGCUGCGCACCGUGGUCUACACCGUCACGGCGCAAGACGGCGACAGCGGCAAAAACGCGGAGCUGAUGUACUUUGCUGCGAAAAAUGGGAGUUUCUACGUGGUGCCCAAAACCGGGGAUAUACUUUUGGUGGACUCCAUACUGGGUCUCCUGAGCCCGAUAAAGUUCCGCGUAUUUGCCCGGGACCACGGAUGGCCCUCUCGCACUAGUCAGAGUGUGGCUAUAGAAAUUAACCCGAGACGAUGGCCCCCAGCUCCCGAGUCAAAUCGCACCCCGUCCAAGGUGGUGGUGGUGGCGGUGCCUCGGAGGGCCAGGUCCGUGCCGCAGACCGACCCCAAACCCAUAUUUAUUAAUGUGUCUGAGGGCGGCAUCGGUUCCGUCGUGUUGAACCUGAACCCGGUGAGGUUUCAGUCCGCCACCUUUGAGCUGCUGGAGUCUGACAUGGAGAGCUCACCGGUUAGUGUGAGUCGGGACAGCGGUGAUAUAAUCAUAUCACGCAGGCUGGAUCGGGAGGUCGAUCCCCUCGUGGAGGUCAACGUAAGGGUGCAGGACAGGCAUGGCCUGGACUGGUAUGUGGUGAAAGUAGAGUUGACUGUGACAGAUGUGAAUGACAACGUCCCAGAGUGGGCUAUGGUUCCAGCCCCUUACCUAGCAGUGGUUUCCCCCGAUGCCCCGCCGGGCUCUCUGGUCUACAAGCUACAUGCUCUGGACAGGGACGAGGGGAACAACGGAGAGGUGGAAUACUUCCUGUCCGAUGGGGGUGAUGGUCGUUUCGAGGUGGACAGGAAGAGUGGCCAGGUGCGAACCACAGGGCUUCCCCUGCAGCGUGACAGGGAGUACCAGCUAAAGGUGGUGGCUGCCGACAAAUUGGGCAGCCGCAGUGUACCGGCUGUGGUCUCAGUGGUAGCGGGAGCCAGGCCUCCGCAGUUCACCAAUGCAUCCUUCACCAUCUCCAUACUGGAGAAUACCCCGGAGGGACAGCCUUUCCUGGUUACACCUGCAGUUUCUUUCCAGAAAGAACCAAUCAGCUACAGCCUCCUCAUCAAUCCCAGCAGCCUUUUCUCCAUUGCUGCGGAGACGGGUGAAAUAAGUCUGACGCGAUCCAUUGAUUAUGAGAGUGACCAGCAUCGUUACCUGCUAUUGGUCCGAGCCAGUGAGGGUCUCAACAGCAUGAGCAGUGCAGCAGAGGUGCGUGUUGUCAUAGUCGAUGAAAACGAUUGUGUCCCAGAGUUCCUGCAGUCCAUUUACAGCAAGGAUGGUGUGCCAGAAACUGUUACCACAGCGACCUCCCUGCUACAAGUGUCGGCCAAUGACUGUGACUCUGAGGAGAAUGCCGAGUUGACAUAUUACACCAUGAGUCCAGACUUCACAAUCUCUCCCCAUGGGACCAUCUUCCCCACCAGCCUCCUGGACUAUGAAAGGCCCAACCACCUGUAUGAGUUUGUUGUGAUGGCUGUCGACAAAGGGGAACCCCCCCGCACAGGCACUACCACCGUACGGAUACGCAUGGCUAAUGUUAAUGACGAAGCCCCCGAGUUCUCCCAGCCUAUCUAUCGGACAUUUGUCUCAGAGGAUGCGGGCCCCAACACACUUGUUGCUACAGUGCUGGCCAAGGACCCUGAUGGUGAUGGGAUCACGUAUAGACUCACCUCUGGCAACGAGGAGGGUAACUUUGUCAUUGACAGCCAGAAAGGUCUGAUCCGUCUUCGUUCCAACCCGCCCCCUUGGCUUCAAGGGGUGGAGUAUGUCCUGAAUGUCACCGCAACGGAUGACAAUGCGUCGGGCGGACCGCAGGCACUUUCGUCCACAGCCCAGGUCAUAGUGGGCGUUGACGACGUGAACAACAACAAACCGGUCUUCGAAAAGUGUCAACAAUACAGAGAGAGAACAUCGGUUCUGGAAAACCAGCCGGCCGGAACUUUUGUACUUCAGGUCCAUGCAGUGGAUGCAGAUGAAGGCUUCAAUGGCAGAGUCACAUAUGGCUUCAUGCACAAAGACUCCACUGUUCCAGCCUUCAGCAUUCACCCUGACUCUGGAGUAAUUGUGACUGCCAGAAAAUUUGACCGUGAACGCCAGCGGGAAUAUGCAGUGACAGUAACUGCCACUGACCAGGCUGCCGACCCCCUGAUUGGCAUAUGCCAGCUCAACAUCCUCAUCCUGGACCAAAAUGACAACAUCCCUAAGUUUGAGAACCUUCGAUAUGAGUACUUCCUUCGUGAAGAUACCAUGAUCGGGACAAGUUUUUUGCGGGUGGCAGCUCACGAUGAUGACUUUGGAACCAAUGCAGCCAUCACCUAUUCUAUGUCAAAUGAACAACCAGAGUACCUGAAGGUCAAUCCCCUAACUGGCUGGGUGUAUGUCAAUGAACCCAUCUCUCAGAGGAGCUACAUUACCAGGGAGAUUGUAGCUACAGACGGCGGGAACCGCAGCACUUCAGUGGAACUGGCUGUCACUAUCACCAAUGUGAAGAACCAGCCUCCCGAGUGGGAGAAGGACAGCUACAAUGUAGUCAUACCAGAAAACACUGUACGGGACACACCCAUUGCGACCAUCAAAGCCACAUCUCCACUUGGGGAUCCCAGAGUGACAUACAACCUGGAGGAUGGCAUGGUGCCAGAGACCAACAUGCCAGUCCGCUUCUAUCUCACCCCUAAUCGAGAGGAUGGCUCUGCCUCCAUCCUGGUAGCUGAGCCCCUGGACUAUGAGACCACCAGGAACUUCAUGCUGCGGGUGCGGGCCCAGAAUGUAGCAGCCGUACCACUGGCAGCAUUCACCACUGUCUAUGUCAACAUCACAGAUGUAAACGACAAUGUCCCGUUCUUCACUUCUUCCAUCUACGAGGCCUCAGUCACCGAGGGGGCAAAGUCUGGGACUUUGGUUUUCCAGGUCUCAGCUAAUGACCUGGACUUAGGGCUCAAUGGCAAGAUCUCCUAUUCCUUGCUAGUAGAUCGAAGUGGUGACCACCAAUAUUUCCGCAUUGACCAGGAGCAGGGAUCCAUCUACACCGAGACUGUGUUUGACCGUGAAACUAAAGGCUCCUACCUACUGGAGGUGCAGUCUGUAGACAGCUGGGAGUCAGCACGGCCCAGUAAACAUGGGCAGCCCAACUCAGACACAGCCUACGUGCGUGUUUUCAUCAGUGAUGUGAAUGAUAACAAGCCAGCAUUUGCCCAGGCUGCCUAUGAAGUAGAUGUGGAUGAGGACGCUGACGUCGGCUUCGCCAUCCUCACUGUCAGCGCAAAUGAUGAGGAUGAAGGUGCAAAUGCCAAGCUGCGUUAUCAGAUUACGUCUGGGAACAUGGGAGGAGUGUUUGAUGUGGAACCAGAGGUGGGCACCAUCUUCAUCGCUCAGCCUCUGGACUAUGAGCAGAACAAGAGGUACAAGCUUCAUGUGCUAGCCUCAGAUGGAAAGUGGGAGGACUACACUGUAGUGACAGUAAACGUGGUGAACAAAAAUGAUGAGGCUCCUGUGUUUACUGUUAACGAGUACUAUGGCAGCGUGACGGAGGAACUGGAUGGCUCGCCGGUGUUUGUGCUACAGGUAACAGCAUCUGAUCCAGAUAAAGAUGCUGACCAGGAAGCCUUGCGCUACUCUCUCCAUGGCCAGGGCGCCGAAAGUGAAUUCAUUAUUGAUGAGGUCACUGGCAAGAUCUACGCCCAGCGUACCCUGGACCGCGAGGAGCGUGCAGUUUGGCGUUUCGUAGUCUUGGCAACUGACGAGGGUGGAGAAGGGCUCACUGGUUUCACCGAUGUCAUCAUUAAUGUAUGGGACAUCAACGACAACGCACCUGUCUUCACCUGCGCCCCCAGUUGCCACGGAGAUGUGUCAGAGAACUCUGUAGUGGGGACAUCAGUGAUGGAGAUGACAGCCACUGACCUGGACGACUCCGCUGUGGGGCAGAAUGCUGUGCUCUCCUACAGAAUUGUUGGUAGCUUGGACACCAGCAGGAGCGAGUUGGGAGGAAUGGAGAUGCCAGCCUUCUCCGACAUGUUCUCCAUUAAUGCCAUUACAGGCACCAUAACAGUGGCCAUGAGUGGGCUGGACCGUGAGCAGGCUGAGACUUACCUCCUGCUGGUGGAGGCCCGAGACGGUGGAGGUAUGACGGGAACAGCAACCGCUACUAUCCGUGUUAAAGAUGUAAAUGACCAUGCUCCAAGAUUCACUGAGCACUCUUGUCUGGCUAAGAUCUCCGAGAAUGCAGAACCCAACGCAGAGGUUUUAGAGCUCUCUGCUGAGGACAGGGACACGGGGGAAAAUGCUCAGCUAACCUUCAGCGUGGUUGCCGGAGACCAAGAGCAGAAAUUCUACAUGGUCAGCCAUCGACAGGAGCAGCGGGGGACCCUGAGGCUGAAGAAACGGCUAGAUUACGAACGGCCCAGCGAACAAAGGUUCAACCUCACUCUGAAGGUUGAAGACUUGGAUUUUUCCAGUCUGCUGCACUGUGUGAUUGAGGUGGAGGACUACAAUGACCACGCUCCUGUCUUCAUUCCCCAUUUCCUGUCCCUGGCCCCACUCCCAGAGGAUGUUGCCGUUGGAACCAGUGUGGCACAGCUAACAGCCAGCGACUCUGACUCGGGUCAGAACCGGGACAUCACUUACAGCCUGUCAGAGGAUUCUGAUCCCAUGGGACUGUUUGAUAUCGACCAGUCCGGUGUUCUUACUGUGGCCCAGCCUCUGGAUAGGGAAUUGACGCAGCAGCAUCAAUUGGUUGUCAUGGCGACAGACCAUGGGGUCCCACCCCUGACUGGCAGUGCAACAGUCCAGCUUUCGUUGUUGGAUGUUAAUGAUAACGGGCCAGAGUUUGAGGCACUGUAUACCCCGGUAGUCUUUGAGAAUGUGGCUGGACCACAGGUGGUAAAGUUGAACCAAACGUCGACCCUUCUCUACGCCGUGGACCGGGACUCUCCAGAGAAUGGGCCACCCUUCCACUUCACCGUUCCUUCCGAAUAUCGCCAUGGCAACGAUUUCUACCUCCAGGACAACCUGAAUGGCACUGCAACGCUGACUGCCUUGAGAAUGUUUGAUCGUGAACGACAGAAAGAGUUCCUCAUUCCCGUUGUUAUGAGCGACAGUGGCCGCCUGGUAAAAACGGUCACCAGUACCCUGACAGUAACCAUCGGCGACCAGAAUGACCACGCCCACUUGGCAGGGGAGAAAAGGAUUUUUAUCAACAGCCACCGAGGCCGCAUGCCCACCACAGUACUGGGGAAGGUCUACUCCCCAGACCCUGACGACUGGGACAAUAAGACCUACGUCUUUGAAGGACAUGUGCCAAGUUACUUCAUCCUGAACAAGCGCACAGGUUUCCUCAUUAUUAAGGAGAAUGCCCCAACUGGUACCUACCAGCUUCAGGUGCAUGUUUCUGAUGGUGUUUGGCCUGACGUCAUCUCUACGGUCACAGUACACGUAAGGGAGCUGCGGGAUGAGGCCAUCCAUAACUCUGGAUCUCUCCGCCUUGCAGACAUCACAGCAAGGGAGUUCAUGGAGUUACGAGGGAAGCAGAGGAGCCGAUACGAAUUGUUGGUAGACUUCCUGUCAGAGAUGCUCUCCGUUGCCCCAGAUGACAUCAACAUUUUCAGCCUGAUGGAUGUGAGGGAAGGGACGCUAGAUGUUCGCUUUGCUGUGCGCGGGGCUUCCUCUUACCUCAAACCUGAGAAACUACAUGGUUACCUUGCCGCCCACAAGCAAAAGCUCCAAUCCUUUCUGCAGGUAAACGUCUCCCAGGUGAGAGUAAAUGAAUGUCCUGGCAUGGGCUGCGCUGGUACCGGGGGCUGCAACAAUGUCCUGAACAUCCGUGACUUGCCCACUGUGGUGGAUUGUGGAUCCAUGAGUCUCGUAUCUGUAACUGUGGAGUCCACAGCUGUGUGCUCCUGCUCUGGAAGAGAGCACGCUCACCAGCCCUGUGCUGCCUACCCCAGGAACCCCUGUUUCAAUGGUGGCGUGUGUGUGGACACUCAGAAUGGGUACAGGUGUCAAUGCCCUGUGCAGUUUGAGGGGCCCGAGUGCCAGCAGAACAAGCACAGUUUCCAUGGCAAUGGCUAUGCCUGGUUUCCUCCCAUGAUGUUGUGCUUCGAGAACCAUGUGUCGCUGGAGUUCAUCACCGAGGUGGCGGACGGCUUACUGCUUUACAGCGGCCCAUUAGCCCAGUUACAAACAUGGGACCAUGAGGACUUCAUGGCUAUAGAGCUAAUAGGUGGCACACCCGCCCUGAAAAUCAACCAUGGCUCCGGCACGUUGGUGUUACAGUUGCCCGGCAACGUGAACGUGGCAGACAGGAGGUGGCAUCGGUUAGAUGUCCGCAGCAACAGCAAGGAGGUGCGUUUCACCCUGGACCGCUGUGCUGCAGCAGCAGUUAUGGAGAUGGAGGGGCUGGACAGCUGGCUCACCACAGAGGAUCACACUUCCUGUGAAGUAACUGGCAUCACACCCAAUACUGACAGACACCUGAACAUCAGUGAAGUGCUCCAGCUGGGAGGCGUGAAUGAGGACAUCCCCUAUGACUACCCCCAGCUCCAACACAAACACUUCACUGGCUGCAUCCGCAAUCUCAUUGUGGACAGCAAGAUUUAUGAUUUGGGCUCGCCGGCUGACUCUCAGUCCACCUCUCCGGGCUGUCUUACCACUGAUGGCAGCUGUGUCAACAUGGGCUACCCGUCCUGCGGCCAUCGGGGGCUCUGCCGUGGGGAGUGGGGCUCCUUCAGCUGCCAGUGUGUGCCAGGCUAUACAGGGCACCAGUGCGAAGAGGAAGUUCCAGAGUAUUCCUUGGAUGGACGUAGUCAGGUGCAUUACCACUUGGCAUAUCCUCUUCCAGCCCGGAGGACAUGGGUUCAAGUCCUGGUCCGCACGCGCAAACACAGCAGCACCAUUCUCAGUCUGAUCUCUAAGGAUCAAAGUGAAUAUCUACAACUAGAGAUCUCUCAGGGGCUCCUCUCUGUCUUCUUCAACCUGGGCGAUGGGGAGUACAACGUUACCCUACCCACUUAUCGCAUUGACAACGGUGAGUGGCAUGAGGUACUACUGGAUCGCCAUGACAACGAAAUGACGCUGCGGUUGGAUGGUGGCGGUGGGCAGCGUGAGAUUACAGGGUCCCAGGGACGGAGCAAAGAGAUCAUCAUCGACCCAACGGUGGUGAUGCUUGGAAACUCCUUUCCAUCUGGAAUCAACAAGAGCUUUCAGGGUUGCAUUAGGGACCUUCGCAUCAAUGGACGCCACAUUCCACUGGACAACCAACCACGAGACGGGGUCUCGAAGGUCAGCGUGCAGGGCCUCUCCCUUGGAUGUUCCUCUGACUCCUGCAAAAAGAAUAAAUGUUCCCCCCCCUUCACCUGUGUUGACCUGUGGAGAGUGCAUGAAUGCAGGUGUCCCCCUGGCCAUAUUAUCCGUGUGAAUGGGACCAGGAAAUCCUGCGUAUACACCCUCUGUGCCACCCGGCCGUGCCACAGGGGCACCUGCGUGGCCCAGUCGCCUUCCAAGUUCACCUGCCACUGCCCAGAGGGCUACAGGGGGCGCCACUGCGAGACCACACUGGCUAUCUACAGGGAAGAUGUGGGCCUUAGCUUCAGCUCACUCUUCGCCAUCUGCAUCUGCUUCAUGGCUCUGCUAGUGUUGCUGCUGGGUAUAUUUCUUUAUACACGAUGGCGGAGCUACAAGGGGCUGAAAGAGGGGGUAUACCACGUAUCAGCCCACCAUGAUGGAUGGGAAGACAUCAGAGAGAAUGUUCUCAACUACGAUGAAGAAGGGGGAGGGGAGGAAGACCAGAAUGCCUACGACAUGGCAGAGCUGCAAAAAUCUCUCCAGCCUAGUCCGGCCCAGUCAGUCCAGUACUGCCGCUCCAGAGCCCUUCAUCAUCCCCCACCCCCACCCCACCAUCACCACCACCUUCUCCUCCAGGCUCAUCCAGCCCAGCCCCAAGCCCAACCCCAAGACCCCCUCAGUCGAACAGCUAGCUCCACAACCCUCCCACCAUCCAUGGCCUCCUCCGCCAGCACCGCCACCACCACCACCAGCCUUCGGAGGGACGUGCCCCCCACCAGACUCCCUGCCCAGGGCCAGACACGCCCUCCACAGCUGGCCCGUCGGUCCCUGUCCUUUUCCAGCCAGGACCUGGCUCGCUACCUCUGUGAGAUCAUCCGUGAUGCGGACCAGCACCUCGACACUGGGCCUUUCGACUCACUGCAGGUUUUCUCUACCGAGGGAGGGGGCUCACCCGCUGGCUCCCUCAGCUCUUUCAGCUCAGCGGGGCUGGAGGGUGUGAACGGAGGGGAUGGCAUAGGAGGAGGAGAGGGCAAGAGAGAGGAGACACUCGGCGAUUGGGGACCUCGUUUUGAGAAGCUGCGGGCACUGUAUGAACGAGCAGAGGCCAGUGACCUCUGA